CAGCUGCUAACAUUAGUCUUUCACUAAAUUUAUCUGCUGCAGUUUUUGCACCUUACCGCAAAACAAAAUCAAGAAAAUAUUUUAAGAAAUUCAAAUUAUUUGAUUAGAAUAUAUUAACCUACGCUAAACACAGUUUAAUUCCUGAUUCUUAUAUUUGUAUUAAAAUUUGUGCAAUUUAAGCAGCACACGGGAAAAGAAAAAGCGCGCCGAUUAGUCGUCUCAUCUUUGUCCACAGAAGUCUUUGGCCCGUGCGCGUACAGUCAGCAUGGCUAAGGUGCACAUCACAAAUGUUGUUGUGCUCGACAACCCGAGCAGCUUUUUCAACCCAUUUCAAUUCGAGCUGACAUUCGAAUGCAUUGAAGAGCUCAAAGAGGAUCUCGAAUGGAAAAUGAUUUACGUCGGCUCCGCAGAAUCUGAGGAGUAUGAUCAAGUGCUGGACACUAUUUACGUUGGCCCGGUGCCCGAGGGUCGUCACAUAUUCGUCUUCCAGGCCGAUCCGCCAGACGUUAGCAAAAUUCCCGAACCAGAUGCAGUUGGUGUCACAAUUGUUCUGCUGACCUGCUCAUAUCGUGGGCAGGAAUUCGUGCGUGUCGGAUAUUAUGUGAACAACGACUAUGCCGAUCAAGAGAUGCGCGAGAAUCCACCACCGAAACCGCUCUUCGACAAGCUCACACGCAACAUCUUGGCCAGCAAGCCGCGAGUCACACGCUUCAAAAUCAACUGGGAUGACGGUCACAGCAGCAGCAAUGGCAACGGGCAUGAGAAUGGACACGAGGGGCACAUGAUGCACGACGACGGGCCGUCCACAUCGGCGGCGCAUCAUGAAGCGGCCAUGGAUGACAACAGCCUGGCCAUGCCGGUAGAAAAUGGUGUUAAAGCGCUCAAUGAGAACUCAAAUUCGCUUGCCAUGGAAUGUUGAGGUACCAGCAAUCACACAUGCAUACAUACACACACACACACACCAACUCAAAAAUAUAAAUACACUCACAGUGGCGCAGACUUAUAAGCUCCCUCCCGCCCAACCAACCUACUGGUCCCAUUAAUUAAGUACUGUAAUUUAAACCUUAUCGCUGUUAAAUAAAUUUAAAUUAUCUCUUAA